GAUUUUCUGGGGAAAUCUGAUCCAUUCCUGGAAAUUUACAAGCAAGCAGACAAUGGAUCCUGGCAGCUGGCCUACAGAUCAGAGGUGAUUAAGAAUAAUCUAAAUCCUUCUUGGAAGAAGUUUAGUGUCCCAUUGCAGACCCUUUGUGGAGGUGACGUGAACAAACCCAUCAAGGUUCACUGUAGCGAUUAUGAUAGCGAUGGGUCACAUGACUUAAUAGGGGUAUUUGAAACUAACUUGUCUCAGCUGCAGAAGGCAGAAGGAGGUUCUCCGGUGGAGUUUGAAUGUAUUCACCCCCAGAAGAAGCAAAAGAAGAAAAGUUACAAGAACUCUGGGAUUGUGCGCGUCAAGUCUUGCAAAAUUGAUGUGGAAUAUUCCUUCUUGGACUAUGUCAUGGGAGGAUGCCAGAUUAACUUCACGGUAAGUUUUAUUUCAUAUUAUUAUUGCUUUUUUAUAAUGCUACAACAGUUUACGCAGCCCUAUACAAAGGUGCAUUGCAAUCAUAACGGUACAAUACAAUAAGACCUACAAUGCGAUACCAAGUACAUUACUACAUUUACACUGACAAACAUAAUCAAAAGGAGAGCACAAUGAGUUGUACAGGCACUUUUUUUAUACAAAGUGAGCAACAGUAAAAGUGUCAGGCUUACAGUUUAAAGGAGGAAUAAAAAAUUUAAGACACAGCAAGAGGGUAAAGAACUACAUUGCUUCGACAAUAUUUUUGUUUUGAGGAUAUGUAAUAGCUUGAGGAGCAGUAGAAUGCAAAGCAGUUACGCAAUAAGUCAUGGUGCAUGUUAUCUUGCUGUCAGGUGUCACUUGCACCUGAUUUCAGUUAAAG